AUGAACACAAUCCGAAGGAUAUCAAUCCGCCGACUCUCUACCAAGGCCUCUCAAGAAGCGUCCGUUGCCCCGAAGAAUCCGCGGACGCAGACGGCGAUCACUCCGGCCACUUUCUCCAAUUCCGGGCAAUUGGCUCGAUAUCUGGCGAAGAACGUGCUCGCCCACGCACCCGGGCGAUUCGUCGUUAUUCAGAAGCCAUACGGCAUCUCGUGCGUCGGCCAAGUUCAAGAAAACGGCGGAAUUUUCGGGAACAGUGUGCACGACGAGCGGAAAACGGAAAAAUGGGCAGGAACGAUCAAGGAGAAGACCGAGGAACAGAAGGGUGUGACGCUUGCAGAUAGCCUGAAAGAUCUGAAAAAGUUGUUCCGAGAGCCACACCUAAGCUUUUGCACCGGGCUCAAGAGAUAUUUGUCUGGAGCGAUUGUCCUACCGUGCAACGAAAAGGAUGCGACUGUUUUGAAGGAAUGCAUCCGGAGCAUGUCUGCCAACACUGAACCGCCGUUUAUGUACAAUGCAAUGUAAGUGAAGAGUUAUAAAAAUUGACGACUUUUAAUGAUUUCAGAGCAAUAACGGUAGGCAGGCCCGCCAGAAGCAGCGGAGUCAUCACCGGAUUCGCCACUUUUCGCAAUGUUGGCCAGCAUAAAGAGGUUCGCAUCCGAUAGAGAGCGCCAUUCGAUUCUCAAAAUUUUCAGUACAUUUUCGAAGAGAGAAAGGUGACAAAACGUGCGAAAAGUGGAAAGUUCGCAGUUGAAGGACACAUGAGCUAUCGGGUACUGGACACGCGGAAUGGCAUCUCGCUCAUCAAUUUUUCCGUUGAUAAAUGUGAGUGUGAUAUCAUUUGAUAAUUAUUCGAGUGUUGCGGACAUUUGAAGUUUUAUUUAUUCCCACAAACUACUUGCAAAUCAUACAAACCAUGAACUGGGCUCUAAUUUCAGUCGCCCGCCACCUUCCCCGCCUGAUGCUCACCCAAAUAUCCGCCCCGAUUCUGGGCGACACCAUCUACUGGCGCCGUCUCGCCGACGUCGACGGAGCUCCCGAACUGAUUACUGCAGGGAAUAGAGGACAUCGUAUUGUUAGUUGACGUAAAUAACACUAGAUGAAACGAAACAGAUUUGAGUGGUUGCCGCCGCGUCUCUCGGAAACUCUGGAUAUGUCUGCUCGCAGUUUGCUCACUUCGCUGCCCAUCUAUUGCCACGUGUACAACACUGUAUUCGAAGAUGUCGGUGGACAUGAAGCACAUGGCCUUGUUGCUGCCGCCAAGCCUCCAGGUGACUUUCCGUUGAAAAAUCUUAAAACUUUUCAAAUUUAAGCUCACUUUAUGGCGAUGCUCGACCUACUCGGCCUUCUCCCUGCAUACCGCGACUUUUCUUCGCAACCGGAGAAGCCUGCCGACGAUGCGUCGAUGCCAACGGCCAGGACCUCUGGAGAGGUCACUUUCUAG